AUGACCAAAGAGAUUCCUUUUGCAGCCUUAGAUUUGAAGGAAUUCCGUUUUGAAGAUCGGUAUUAUGUGAAGCAUAAGCUAGGAGAUGGCAGCUUUGGUACUGUGUAUUUGGCAAAGCGCAAAGGAAAGCAAGGCCAUGAGCAAGCAGUGGCUGUCAAGAAGUUAAAGACUAGCAGUAAACCAAAACCAAAGCAAGAGCUACUGAAGCUUCGAGAGUCAUUGGUACUUCAACAAAUAUCGAAACAUCCAGGUUUGAUCGACUUGUUGGAAACUUUUAUGGACCCCAACAAAAACAUUUAUUUAGUAAUGGAAUGUAUGGAAGCCAACCUAUAUCAAAUUUUGAAGCGAAGACAAGGAAAGCCAUUUACCAAGUAUACGGCUUGUCAUAUUCUAAAUCAGAUCAUUCGAGGAAUUGAACAUAUACAUACUCAUGGGUUUAUGCACAGAGACGUGAAGCCUGAAAACAUUUUGGUCAAGAAGCUCACAGACCGACCAGUAUUUUCUAGGUAUAGUGUCAAAAUUGCAGACUUUGGAUUAGCCCGAUCUUCUACUUCAAAUGAUCCACUUACUGAGUAUGUAUCAACUCGUUGGUAUCGUGCGCCAGAGCUUUUGCUUAGAGCAAAAGAUUAUGGUAAAGCAGUUGAUAUGUAUGCUUUCGGUUGUAUCACUUUUGAAGUUUUUACCUUAAAGCCUCUAUUCCCUGGAAGAAAUGAGACAGAUCAGUUAAAUAGAAUUUGUGAAAUACUUGGAAAUCCUCUCUUGGAUGUCAAAGACAAACUGCACUACUGGCCCUCUGCUAAAGAUUUGGCCGUCAAACUUGGAUUCUCCUUUUCUUCCACAAGACCCUAUCCUAUAAGGAAAUUACUUCCAGCUACCUGUGAUGACAAGUAUACUGAAAUGAUUACACAACUCUUAGCAUGGGAUCCAUUUAUCCGACCCUCUGCCAUAUCAUGCAAAGAAAGAUACUUCCCCAAAUCCCCUGAGCUUCCAAAUGGUCAAGAAGCAAAGCUAGUAUCAGGAAAAGCCAAUAAACCUGGGAAUUCCAAGGAUGAUAUAGCUGUAAAACCUAACGCUGAAAAAAGGCAAGAAAAAAGAGUCAGCUGGUUCAAAAAGAACUUGUAUACUUUAACAAAUGCAGUUAAGAAUGCAUUACCUGAAGCUUCUCCACCUCAUCUCCCUCGAAAACCAAUUAAACUUGAUAGUGAUGAGAAAGAUAACCAAAUGUCUAAUCCUUUAAUGAGUGAAACGAUGAAUUCGGAUGAAAGCCCAUCUAAAGUAAAACAGCCUGAAACCAUUUCUUGUGAACUUGUUGAAAAUUGCUUAUUGCCAUCUUAUGAACAACAGUCUUCUCAUUUCAAGCCUCAAAAAGCAUCUCAAUCUAACUUGCAGGUAACACCUCGAAUUCCAAUUGAAACUCUUUCUGCUAAAUCCCAGCAAAUUGUAAAUCGUGUGCCUAAAAGAGAUGAAAACAAAGCUAGCGAAGAAAUGAACUCGCCCAGGGCCACUCUUUACCAUGACAAUAAGUUUUAUAAAGCUCCGCUGUCAUUAAACUUGACACCUGACAGCAGCUUUAAACUUCCCUCUGACUUUGACACGGUUGUCGAUGCCCCUAAAAAUGCUGCGAGUCAGGGUCUUAAAAUUAUCGGGAUUAAUCAUAGCUUGAUCCCUAGACCGGUUCGUCGAAAUCACGGUGCACCAGAUUUUCAAACAUCAAGAUCAAUUAGUUGCCAAACUUAUUCAAACCUCAUGGUUUACGAUCCUUCAUUACCAGUCAAAAUUUAUCGCUCUACUUCUGAAGGAUUUUCUAAAGGUUAA